UUCUCAGCUCCUCAAACUAGCAACAUGGUGUACAAUUUUAAAGUGUUUAAGAAGUGCGCUCCUAAUGGCAAAAUUACCCUGUACAUGGCCAAACGUGACUUCAUCGACCAUAUAUCUACCGUGGAGCCAAUAGACGGUGUGGUGCUGCUGGACGACGAGUAUGUGCGCGGGCGCAAGGUGUUCGGGCAGCUGGUGUGCACGUUCCGCUACGGGCGCGAGGAGGAUGAGGUCAUGGGCCUUAACUUCUACAAGGAACUGUUCCUGGCUUCGGAGCAGAUCUACCCGCCGCCCGAGAAGAGGAACUAUGACCUGUCGCGAGUGCAGGUACCGAACACUGCACGGGCCUCGAUCAUCUGCAGCCAUAUCACUUUUCGUGAGCGCCUCAUUAAGAAGCUGGGCGACACGGCGGUGCCGUUCCGGCUGUCGGUGCCGGCGGGCGCGCCCGGCUCCGUCACCCUGCAGCCCGGCCUCGAGGACGACGGCGAGCCCUGCGGCGUGCAGUACUAUGUCAAGAUCUUCGUCGGUGAUUCUGAGAUCGACCGCUCGCACCGCAGGAGUACGGUGGCGCUCGGCAUCCGCAAGGUCCAGUACGCGCCGGCCAAGCCCGGGCCGCAGCCCUGCACCGUGGUGCGUAAGGACUUCGUGCUCUCCCCCGGACAGCUGGAAUUGGAGCUCACGCUCGAUAAGCAGCUGUACAUCCACGGUGAGACGGUAGCGGUGAAUAUGUGCGUCCGCAACCACAGUAAUAAGGUGGUGAAAAAGAUCAAGGCCUGCAUCCAGCAGGGCGUCGACGUGGUGCUGUUCCAGAACGGACAGUAUCGCAAUGUAGUCGCCAGCAUCGAGACACAGGACGGGUGCCCGCUGCAGCCCGGCUCGAGCCUGCAGAAGGUGCUGCACCUGACGCCCUCGCUGUCCACCAACCGGGACAAGCGCGGCAUCGCGCUGGACGGCCAGCUCAAGCGCUCCGACACCACGCUCGCCUCCACCACACUACUGCUUGACCCGGACCAGCGUGAUGCAUUCGGCAUCGUGGUGAGCUACAGCGCCAAAGUGAAGCUGUACCUGGGAGCUAUCAGCGGCGAGCUCGUCGCCGAGUUGCCUUUCAUCCUUAUGCACCCCAAGGAGGGUCGUGCCAAAAUGAUCCACGCAGACAGCCAGGCGGACGUGGAGAUGUUCCGGCAGGACACCGUGCACCACCAGGAGAGCGUCGAGGUGUACUAGACGCAGCAGGGGCGCUAGGACGCAGUCCAAGAAGCCGUUCUUGUGUGCCCAAGGCCGUCGCCAUCAUGUCUAUUCAAAUCUAGCUACUGUAUUGCUAUGUAUACUUAUGUAUAGGGAUGUGUUUUCAACUCUCAAGUUUAAGUUCGCACUUAAUUCAGUUAUGUGUUUGUCUUGUAUGUCUAUUACUUUUAUCGAAUAUAAAAAUAUUAUUAAAGGAAUUAACUAAUCUAUAUCUAAUUAAUUCUUGAUCUACAACUAACCGUGAGUAAUUAUAUAUUAACACCUGUUUUAAAAAGUAACAAAACAAAAGAUCUCGCUCAAAUGUGAUUUUAUUGAAUUUAUCUCUAAAAUCAAAUGAUGUUUUUAGGUAAAUACUUUGAAAACUAUUCGUUUCGAAUCCUUAUUUAAAAUGAGUUUAAUAUAUGUAGAAGGGAAGACAAUUAUCUAUAAUACUCGUAGGUAAGUGUUACGUUAACGUUAGGAAUAACCAUUACCGUUUCGGGGUCGACUUCCGAAAACAUUUCAUAUAUAUUUAUUUAAAAAAAUUAGUAUCUACACUAUCUACGGCUUACAAAACCUCUUACACUAACUAAAUUCAUUUUACUUUCACUAAAUAUAUACAAAAGAAAAUAACCACAGUGGAGCAGUAACA